UUCUUACUCUUGAAAAUCUACAAGCCAAUACUGAAAGUUCAAGUUCAUCAGUGGUUUCUAUUUAUAUUAAAUGGCAGAGGUGGGAGUGUCGGUAGCGGCAAAACUUGCUGAAUAUUUGGUGCAUCCAACUUUACAGCAUCUGCAAUAUUGGUUCUGUGUCGGCAAAAUCACCAGAAAUGUUGAGAUCAGAAAGGAGGAGCUGAUCCUAAAGCAAGGGAGGGUGCAGGAACUUGUCCAAGAGGCCAUCAACAGGACAGAGAGGAUUGAUGACGAGGUUAACACGUGGAAGAAUGACGUGGAGUGCCUCAUAGCAGAGCUGGAGAAAUUGGAGGAAGAACUGAGGGCCAACAAUGGCUGUCUUCGAGGGUUGUGUCCUACUUGGAGGAGAUAUUGUCUCUGCAAAAAGCUGGCUAAGACAGCACGGAGGAUGAUUGAUCUAAAUACAAAGUGUGGUUGCUUCAGUCAAGUUUCCCAUCCCAGUAUUCCUCCAAAUAUAGAAUAUCGCUCUUCUCAAAACUUCAGGUUCUUCAACUCUACACAAAUAGCUUUUGAUCAGCUGUGGGAGGCAUUGCAAGAUGAUGAUAGCUCCAUGAUUGGGAUACGGGGCAUGGGAGGGUCAGGGAAAACCUCCUUGAUGAGAGCAGUGGGAAAGAAAGCCGAGGAGUCACGGCUCUUUAAUCGAGUUGUGUUCACUGCAAUUUCUCAAAGCCCAAAUACAAAAAAAAUUCAAGGUGAAAUUGCCGAUGCGUUGGGGCUCAAAUUGAAGGAAGAAUCUGAAACGGGAAGAGCAAAAAGAAUAGCACUACGAUUACAAAGUGAAGAACGAAUUUUGAUAAUACUGGAUGAUCUAUGGGCUGUGCUGAAUCUUGAGGAUAUAGGGAUUCCCAUGGGGGGAAAUCAUCAAAGAAGUUUCAAAGUUGUCCUAACCACACGCAGUCUUGAUGUAUGUAUCUUGAUGGAAUGCCAAAAGAGGAUUCAACUUAAUUUGUUAAAAGAAGAUGAAGCUUGGACUUUGUUUCAAACUCAUGCUAAUGUCAGCGAUGCUACUAAAGAAGAUAUAGCACGACAAAUUGCGAUGGAAUGUAAGGGCCUACCCAUUGCAAUUGUCGCUGUGGGAACUUGCUUGAAAGAAAAAGGAGUUGAUGAUAUGAAGGUAAUGUUGUAUCAGUUGAGGAAUGCGAAGCCAACCAAUGUGAAUAAAGGAGUAAGGGAUGCUUUUACUUGUCUUAAACUAAGCUAUGAUAAUUUGGCAACUCGAGAAGCCAAGUUGUUGUUGUUAAUGUGUGCUAUGUUUCCUGAAGAUCAUAAUAUUGGUGUUGAAGACCUUUUCAGAUAUGGAGUGGGUUUAGGUCUAUGUGAAGAUGUAGACUCAUUUGAAAUAGCAAGGAGCCAAGUUAAAGUAACUAUAAAUUAUCUCAUUAACUCCUCAUUGUUGAUGCAUUCUUCAAACUUCAACACAAACUCACAAAAAUAUGUGAUAAUGCAUGAUGUGGUUCGUGAUUUUGCACUGUGGAAAGCAUCUGAAGAGGAUCGUACCAUUAAGGUAAAUUGUAGAAAAGAAUUGAAUGAAUUGUUUGCUGAUGAAGUGGUGAAAAAUUGUUAUGCUGUAUCUUCAUGGUAUAAGAACAAUAAACUCUUUCAAUUUCCUUCUCAAUUGGAUGCUCCAAAGCUUGAGUUUCUGUUGUUACAUUGUCAAGGACUCUUGGAUAUCUCAGAUGCAUCAUUUGAAGGUAUUGAAGGACUGAAGGCGUUGAUUAUUAGGUCCGUCCUUUUUAGGCCCAUGAUUAGACUAUUACUACCUCAAUCAAUCCAACACUUGUCUAAUCUUCGAACUUUGCGGUUGCAAGGUUGCAAUUUAGGUGACAUCUCUUUUGUGGUAAGCCUUGCAAGACUUGAAAUUCUUGACCUGCAAAGAAGUAUGUUUGAAAGAAUGCCAAAUGGAAUUGAAAAUUUAAACAAGCUGAAGUUGUUAGAUUUGUCAGAUUGUAAGAUAGGUGAAUGUUGUUACAAAGUAAUAGGAAGGUGCUCACAGUUAGAAGAGUUGUAUGUUUCCAAGCAUUUUCGACACUCAAAAAAUGCAAAUUGCUAUGAAUACCUUGCGGCCACCACUACUUCGAUGAAAUUGAGAAGAUAUAGGUUGGAAAUUGGGAGGCAUGAAAUACAGUCGAUAUCUCAUGAUGAAAGCACAAGAUAUUUAUGCUUGGGUCAGUUAAAUAUCUCCAUGUUAGGUGCAAGAAUCAAGGAUCUUGCACAAAUAGCGACUGCAAUUGAAUUUCAUGAGCUUGAGGGAGGCAGCAGAAGUUUCAUGCCUAAUGUUGUUCACGCUAUUGGAGGCAUGAAUGAGUUAUCUAAACUCUAUCUUACAAGGUGUUCAGAGAUGGAAUGCAUUACUGACAAAAUUAAAGCUCAUGAAGAUGCCAUUGUCCCAAGAUUGGAUGAGCUAGUGCUAAGAUAUAUGGAUAAUCUUCAACAACUACAUCGUGGUCUUUCUUCUUUUAGCUUGUUCCAAAAGCUGGAAAGGCUACGUAUAUCCAGUUGCCCUCAAUUGCUCCAUAUAUUCCCUGCUGAUUGCAACAUAGGCAAUCUUAAGUUUCUCGAUAUUUUUGGUUGUCCGAGGUUGACAUCUCUCUUCCCUGUCUCUGCUGUGUGCACUUUGCUGUCCUUACAAGGGCUUAGAAUAGAAAGGUGCAGUGAACUGAAGCAUGUAAUAGAAGGACAGGGUGGUGGUGAUGCAUGGGAGAAUUUGAGAUUCCCAAAAUUGAAAAUUUUGUUUGUUGACGAUUGCUGCAAAUUAGAAUCUGUAUGCUCAGUCUUUUUAGCUCAAAGGUUUGUACAAUUGCAGCGUCUAUCCAUAACGAAUGCUCCUCAAAUGAAAUUUGUGUUCAGUGAAAAUGCUAAUGAAGAACAACCACUGCGUGAUCAAGAUGAGACUCAAAUAGCUCUUUCUCUUUUGGAAUACCUCACACUAACAAAUCUUCCAAACCUUGUCGGAAUUUGCUCAGAGAGGUAUCAUCUAAGGUGGCCAUCUAUAAAGACAAUAGAAUGGAAGGAUUGUCCAAAUCUGGAACUUGAGAGCCACCGGAGGAAUGAAGAACACAAGUCGGUGACAACUAUAGAAAGUAUUAAAAUUCAUAACUGUGGAGUAGAAUCCAUUUCCCUCUAUAAGGCAGGCGUUGAAGAACAAUAUCCAACAUUUCAAUCCCUUAAAGAACUAGUCUUGGGAAAUCAUGCAAGAUUGAAAUUUGUCUUUUCUGCUCAUAUGUUUCAAAGUCUUCCAGAGUUAACUUCUGUGGCCAUAUCUCGCUGUGAGGAGUUGGAGGCGAUCUUUUCGGAGAAUGAAGAGACUCAGAAAAAUCUAUCUAAUGCUGAAUCUUGUCUGCCGAAAUUGAAGAGUUUGGUAGUUUCUGAGUGCAACAAGCUUAAAUUCGUUUUAUCUUUUAUGAUUGGUCCUACUGCCUCAAUGCUUCCACAGCUAAGCACUCUAACCAUAUCAAAUUCUUCUCAAAUGGAAGAAAUUUUCAAAUGCUCAAAUAUUGAAGAUCAUCACAUUGAUAGUAGUGAAAAGGAGAUUACAUUCCCAAACAUGAAAUAUCUGGAACUAGACAACUUGCCAAGACUCGUUAAUGUCUGCCAAGGAUUCAAGUUUCAGACAGGGGAGUUUUACACAGUUAAGGUUCAUGAAUGUCCAAAAUUUAUGCCAAUUAUGGGUACAUCUAUUCAUUGGACAAAAAAGGGACUUGUAAGGGAGCAUGUGUUGAAAUACAACCAAUUAAAUAAUAACGAGGCUCUGAAUCUUCCGCUUUCUGUUCUGAAUGCUGGAGAGCUUGAUAUUCGAAGUCCUAGAGUUGAACAAAACUGGCGAGUGAUUGGUGAUGAUGAGGAAGAAGAAACCAACAACUCAGGAAUGUUGAGAUCAGAAAAACAAAUGGUGGGAGGUCUUGUUCCCACGCAAGUUUUGAGCUUUCAACAUCUUCAUUCCUUAGAAGUAACUCACAAUAAAAGGUUGAAGUUUUUGUUCUCAAGGAGUACCAUUGUCCACACCAGCCUUCCCAAAUUGGCUUCCCUAAUUUUAUCUGAUUGUGAAGAACUGGAGGAAAUAAUUGCAACAAAUGAGGAACAUCAGAUCAUGUCCAGUGCUGAAGUUCACUUCCCAGAACUAAGAAAGUUGAAGGUUGAGAGGUGCAACAAGCUCAAAAGACUCUUCUCUACGUCCACGGGUAUUAUUCUUCCACAACUCUGCUCUUUGUCAAUAGCUGAGGCUAAUCAACUGGAGGUGAUUUUUAGACAUAGCAGUGAAGGUGAUUCGAACUACAAUGACACAAUUGUGCUUUCCAGCUUGAGGAUCAUACAGCUAAUAAAUUUGCCAAAUUUGAAGAGUGUUUGUCGAGGGUUACAGAUGCAGGCGCAUCUGAGCUACAUCAGCAUACCAAACUGCCCCACAUUUGUGGAUUCAACUCUAGGAAAGGCUCUUCAACAAUUAGGAACAAUAUCGGUUUCAACAGAAAAUUCAAAUGUUCAAACUUCAUCAAAUGAAGAAAAAGAAUUGCCAGUAAAUGAAGAAAAAGGGACGGUGGUGAUCUCAGGAGCAGAGUACUUGUAUUUGAAGGAUUCAAUGAACCUCAAAAUUAAAGUGUAUGUUCCCAAGCGCUAUGAUCAUAAGCCUACCAUGUUUGAGACAUCUAGACAUUGA